AUGUCCACAGAGUUGUCAACAAAAGAGGAUCCAGAUCGGCUGGAACGCCUUGAGAUUGAGUAUGACUACUAUCGAUCCCUUCCCGCCUACCAGUUCCGGGAUUUAGUGGAAGAAACGCUGCCACGUCUAUGGAAAUUCGAUCCGCUUGUGGUCAAGAAGGAGUUACAAGGCAAGCUUAUUCGCUAUCAUAGUCAUUGGCAAGCCGACAACGGAGUGGUGAGAAGGCUGGAGGCAGAGGCUCAAGAGCAGAUCAGGGGCCAUUGGGCCGAGCAGGGUAUAUGGGAUAUAUUGUGGGACAAGAGGUCCAAACGCCUAGAAGAGUACCGAAUCACCGGGGGCUGGAAGGACUUCUAUGAGAAUAUAGAGGAUGAUGCGAAGGGCUUGAAGAAAAGACAACUCCAAGGCUUUCCUCUAAGAUCAAUCAAGAGGCAAAGGCUGACGCGGACCAAGAAAGAGAAGAUCCCGAUCGUCAGGGAGCACGAGUCUCGCCCAUACCACCUGUUCAUGUACCAGGUGGCCCGAGAGAGCGAGUGGCUCAAGCGGCAGCACCUUGCGCCAGCCGAUGCCAUCAGCUCUGCGGCCUACAGGAAUGUCAAGGACUGCUGGAUCAAGCGGCGGAUCUGGCUCCGGAGCUGGAACCCGACGCCCGGCAUGACUUGGGGCCAUGAGAUGCCGCUGAGGGAUUUCGUACUCGAGAGCCGCCCCUCGAUUCCGCAGGAUAGCGUUGACGCUAGGGUCCAGAGGUGGACGCAGGAAGGUGUCGGCACCCGUGAGCCUGGUACUUGGGAGAGCUCUGCCAGCAAGUGGAAGAUGGCCUGGUCUGCAGCCGUUAGUACCGACAGCAACAAGAACAGCGAAACCAUUCUCUCGGAUAUGUUGCCAGCUCUUCUCAGACUUCCGAAGCCGCCUCCACCUCCAGGGCUAUUUGGACGGGUGGAAGUGACAUGUAUGAGCGCGAAGCCUAAACGGCCAAUGCCACCAUCAUGGUGUGAUGAUGCCAUAACCCAAUUAACAUCAAAAGGAGAAGGCCAGGGUCUCAGGCAGAUCAAUUUUGAUGAAUUUGAAUUUCCCUGCGGCCUAGACUACACCCUAAGGAAUACGGCAUUAGCCAAUGCUUUCUACCUAGAUUGCCGGUUUAGGAAAGCCAUCCUUAAGCGAACGCGACAGGACUACAUCUCUAGCGCAGAAAACGAAGAGGCAUACGAGAAAGAGCACCAGCGCCUCAAGAAUACUCUCGAUCAGCCUGACCCAGGGUUCACCUUGAGCCCGGAGAUCGAGGAUUCGAUUGCCCGGCGCUACGAGGCCUACACAAAAUUGCGGCGCAACUACGAGCUCGAGCUGGCGGAGUAUCGGAAACAGCUCAAGAAGAUUGACUUUUCCAACUUCGACUUACCGCCGGACGUCAAAGUCGAACGUCGUCAUUGGGCAGACCGGCGACUCAAGGAUGCCGUCAUGCGCCGGACCACAGUGACCGACAGGUGCUACGAGGCGAGGCACAAGAAGUCUCGCAGUGAGUUCCCGAUGUCGUUAGAAGAGGACUAUCGCAUCAGUGCUGAGGAGGAAGAUGAGCUCCAACGCCGGUUGGAAGAUUGGAGACGGCAUGAAGAUCGAGUCAAGGAGAGCGCCGGAUUAUGA